AGAAGCGAACGCUCCAUUCAUUAUUGCUGUGGCUGAGGGAGGAAGAAGCAGCAGGUCCGUGGCUCAUUCUCCGGGAAGCAGCCUGCUGUUCUUCAGCCGCUGAGAGGAUAACACACUUUUGUGAAACACACACACACGCACACAUAGACACACGCGAAAAGGCCGGUUACCUCACCAGAAACACUUGGAGAGGUCAUUAAAAUGGGGAAACAUAACAGCAAGCUUGCUCCAGAGGUUUUGGAUGACCUGACCAAGAAUACAGAGUUCAAUGAGGCAGAGCUAAAGCAGUGGUAUAAGGGCUUCCUAAAGGAUUGUCCCACCGGCAUCCUCAACCUGGAGGAGUUUCAGCAGCUCUAUGUCAAGUUCUUCCCCUAUGGUGAUGCCUCCAAAUUUGCUCAGCACGCCUUCCGGACCUUUGACAAGAACGGCGAUGGCACAAUUGACUUCAGGGAGUUCAUCUGUGCCCUGUCCAUCACUUCCAGAGGAAGUUUUGAGCAGAAGCUCAACUGGGCCUUUAACAUGUAUGACCUGGAUGGAGACGGCAAGAUUACACGCAUGGAGAUGCUCGAGAUUAUAGAGGCGAUCUAUAAAAUGGUCGGCACUGUGAUUAUGAUGCGCAUGAACGAGGAUGGCCUGACACCUCAGCAGCGUGUGGACAAGAUCUUCAGCAAGAUGGACAAAGAUCACAAUGACGAGAUCACGCUGGAGGAGUUCAAAGAGGCAGCCAAGAGUGACCCUUCUAUCGUCCUCCUACUGCAGUGUGACAUGCAGAAGUAAGGGAGAAGAGGAGAGAAGGAUGGGUGGGGCUGAAACAAAAUGUACAGACUUUUAGAGAGGAGGAAGUUAGGCCACGUUCACAUUGACAUUUUGGUAUCUGUGAAAAACACACCUGCAUUUGAUUUCAAAGAAAACAAUGCAUUGAUGGACAGUGGGCACCAAAACCUGGGGAUAUGUGAAAAUUACACAUAUUGCUGUCUGUUGAACUUUGACCAUGCAUCAGGCAUUGUUAAGCAAGACAAAAGAGAAACUAAUCACUGUGAACUGACAUUCAGAGCUGUACAGUCCAACUCUAAAGAUCUAUAAGGACACCUCACAGCUAGAUAAAAGACCUUGAUAAAAUUAAGGACUACUGGAUAUUAUAAUGUAUAUGUUAGUUUUGUGUUUCAUUGACAAUAAACAUAUAGCACUGUAGUAAUUAUACGACAAAAUAAUAUAUAUUUUUUUUGAUAGACCCCAAAAUCUCUUUGUGAACGUGGCUUUAGCGAGAGUGCACAUAAAAAAAAGAUGUACAUACUGUUGUGAGGAAUGUGAGAGUUAAAGGGGUUUGAGACUGAGACAGAUUAAGAAAAGAAAGAAUGGUUUGGUUUAACAUUGAGAGGAGAGUACAAGUAAACUCACCAGAGUGAUGAAAGCCAUUUCCCCAAUCUUUGCCCAGCUAGUGAACUGUGCUGUACGUCAGGCAGUACCAUGCUCUUGUGGCUUCUAGGCUUAAGUCUAAAGAGAAAAGUCCAUUAAGAAGCCUGAAUAAUUAACAGAUAGCAGUUUUAACACAGGAGACUCCCAAUUCCUGGCAUUUUAAUAUAUAAAUGCAAAUGAACAGUGAAAAUGUACUGAAUAUUCCUGGAAGCACUGACACAACUGUAGAUUUUCAAGGUUUUGAAGAAAUGUCAUUCUCUUUUUGUCCUUAUGGAGUCUAAAUGUCAAACAGGCAAUACGCUUCUGUGACCAUGGGUGGUUAAAAAGCCUCACUGAACAGAAAUCCAUCAUGUGUCAUGUCAUGGAGAAAACUGUUAGAGGUAACGUUUUCUUAGAAACUAUGCUCCAUGAAGUGAGGAGGUAAUGGCAACUGCAGUAUUGUCAUAAUGGUAGAUUUGAGACAUGCUCUAAUAGCCUAUUAUCCAGUGUCUAAUACUAUCACGAAUCCUGGCCUUCAUCAGCUGGUCUGAGAGAACAGAGAACAGGACUGAAAUAUUGUGGUUCCAGGUUGCUCUCACAUAUGAAGGAAGGAUAGAGGUCAAAGAGUUGGGCACAUUUGCCAGACUAAACACUGCGAAUAUAUGUACAUGAUGAUAUAUGACAAUAUACACCAACAUAUAAUAUGUAAAUGUAAAAUGUUUCACUAGAAAUGCUUUCAUAUUACAACACAGCCGCAUCUACACUAUAUGUAUAUGAUGUCGCUAUGUCUCUGCAGGUGUGAAAAAGAGUGAAGUGUAACUGUGUUCUGUGUAUGAGAGAAUAUGUAUGUGUGUAAUUGUGCAAACUUGUGUGUAUACAUGAGUGUGUUGUGUGUUUGUGUGUGUGUAUGAGUGUGAAAGCGUAUGAGCAUGUGAGGAAAAGGUCUUUGACUUUAUUCCUUGCUAUCCACACCAGUGCUGGGAGUAUUAAAGUGCUGUUUGUUUUUGGCUGGUGUGCUGUGCACUAUUCUCACUUGUUUUCUAAUGAAAGCUAUAUAGUUCUCUGUAGUCCUGAUGACAUAAUGCUUCUCAUCUGCCAGUGUACAAGCUUAGCAGGUAAUAUCCGAGAGUAAUUGUAUUAAUAUUGUCUAAAUGCCUUUUGCUAUUUCUCUCUGGUAUAAUCAAAACAAACACAGAUGUAAGCCAGGAAGCAGAAUAUUAUUUGUUGCUGCCAAUACUUAUGAGAAUAUUGUUGCACUAGGUAGAAGCAAGUACGCCUUGUUUUAUACUGCUACCCAGUGGUGAAAUAGUUCAGUCUUGGCAACCCAGCUAACCUCAACCACACGUUUGCUGAUUAUGAGGGUUAUGGCCAUAUGUACUGGGAUAAAAAAAAAGCUGUACCUUUUAGUACCAAAUGUUGAAAUAAAUUACUUAUCUACUUUCAACUUCCUUGCACAAUGUGGAGAAAUGGGUUAUUCUCACAAACAUAACAAAUACUGGAACUUGAAAAAAUUAAAAUGACCAAAAUUUAAUGUUAAUUUCUUUCUUUUUUUGGGUGUACAAACAAUGUUGUGUAGUUGAAUAAUUAAACAAAAAUCUGAACCAUUUAUUUUAUUUUACAUUCAUUUUAAGUGCCAUUUUCCAUUUCCAGAGACCAAAUUCUCAUUACAGCAACACAGUUUUAAGAUCUGACAUUCUGUAAAUCUUUUUUUCAAAAACUUUCUCCGCAUAACCUAUAUACCAUAUACUAUAUACCACCAAGCCAACUAUUCACUCGUAAAUAUUUUGCAAAAUGUAGUACUCUGCACUUCUCACUACUCCAACAGCCUUUGAGUUUUUUUUUACCUCUGCCACAUGACGUAGUGAUGUCACUUCACAAACAAGUCAAUAAAGCAAAGUGAUUCAACAGUUAAACAUAAUUCAAACUCUUUUUUUUCCAAUUUAAUAAGGUGAAAUAAUGGUAAACAUUGGUAAUGAAAAACACUUGUGGACAUGCGGAAAUGAGAAUAAAAAUGAUUGAAAAUAGAAAAAUGAACUCCACAAACUUUUUGCUGCACCAUGUAGAGCUGCAAUUCAUCUACUAAAUGACAUGAAUAUUAUUUUUCUGUGUGAUGCUUAUGACACUCAAAUAUAGAUAUGUUUUGAGACAAUUUUGUGAGAAUGACCCAAAUGCUGAUUUAUGCAUUCCAUAGAAGUCUGCACUGUUUUCCUGCACAUAAAAGAUAUGUGGUGUUGAACUGACUUAAAAUGUCAAUAGUGAUUUUUAAUCUUUGACUGGGCUUAACCUGUGUUUACUUUAAGUAGGUGCUUAUAAUACUUCAAGAACUGGUUCACUGAAAAAUAUAAUUAACACAAUUUAUCCCAAAUAUAGUUGAUCAGCCAGGAUAUGUUUGUUGUCUGAAGUUUGCAUAUCUAGUUUUGCACUGGAGCUACAUGGCUAAUGUAGCUAAAAAUUAAUGGAAGUCAAAAUCUUGUAAACCAAAAUCUUUUAGGGUGACUUUUGUUGUAUUAGCCCCAUAACAAGACUGCAGAACAAAAAAGGCAAACUGCAUUUGCCAGACGUGUCUUGGCUGAUUAGCUGUGUUUGGGAUAAGGAAAACUACACCUUUAAGGAUCACUGAUGUCUCACUAUGCCCAUCACAUGUUAUAUUUUGGCGAAGCAGUUACAGGCAUUAAUAUCUAGUUUUGAUCGCAUACCUUUAUGUAUGUAUAGCUGGGAUGUACUACAUUUUAUAAUCCUAUGUUUGCGGCAUUGAUGUGCUGGUGCUCUGUAAUCAUUCUGUUCUCUAGCAGUGUAACAAUGCAUUGCUUAGCUGUGUUGCUUUUCAUUGCUCAGUUCAGUUGCUGGAUUUUUAAAGGUUCCCAUGUUCCGUAACCUACUAAGUAUGUAAUCUAUUCAAGCAAACAAUUAUGCUAAUACAAAAUAAUGACAAUAAGAGGACGUUACUACGCAUCAGACACAGCAACGCUGAAAAUCUAAACCUUAACUCUACGAGCAUCACUCUACAUUAUGUGCUAGUUCUGUGUGACUUUAAUACAUUAUGGUGAAUGCAAGAGACCACUUAAUAGCAUCUCUGAGGGACUGAACUUUAGGCUUCCAGCAUAUUAUUACUGAGUAACUGAUAUAUAUGUUCUUCUAAUUCGGUUUAGAGAUUAGAUGUGCCAAAAACUACGUGAGUGGAGGUAGAUUUGAAAUACAUUUUAAAAAGUUUCCACCUGUUCCAAGUAAGUAAGUAAGCAUGUCAACUCAAAUGCCUGCUGUUUAAGGCCUGAUUCCACUUCCAUUGGGCCGUCAAAUGAUGGGCUGUUUGUGUGUUUUUUUUCACAGAGAUAUUACGAUAUUAGACCCUGUGUGUCAGUUUUAAACAUAAUAAUAUAAUAUUUGGAUUAAGAGUUGCUCAAGGUGUCUCAAACAUAGGAAUUGAUUCUCAUGGCCACUGCAUUGAUGACACUGCUUAGAAAAUUCUGUUACCAUAAUGUAUAUCCCAGCAUACGGAACCUAAAAGGGAAUUCAUGUGACCAGUUGUGCAAUACAUUUUUAAUAAUAUGUUCAUGUGCUAUGUGUUCUGUAUGUCUGCUUUCAUUUUAUUUUUCAAUAUCGUAAUCGUAAAGCUCCUUCAAUAAACAAAUGUGUUAUUUUUGGUACAUAGAGAAUUAAACUUGUGGAUGUCUACUGAAUCGCUGCAACAGAA